AUGUCUAAUAACGCUGAACUUACCAAAAAUUCAAAUGAGUAUAAUUGGAUUGAAGAUGCAAUUUCUAAAAAACUUAUUAAAUAUUAUGAAUUUGAACAAUUUUGCGAUCUGCAAGAAAUUGGUUUCGGAGGUUUUGGAAAAGUUUAUCGUGCAAGUUGGAAGAAUUAUUACAAACAAUGUGCACUAAAAUCCUUUUUUAAUUUCAAUGACUCUACAGUUAAAGGAAUUGCCCGUGAGAUUCAACUUCAGCGCGAAGUUGAUUUUCAUAAUAACAUAAUCCGUUUUUAUGGUGUCACAACUUCUAGUAAAGAAAAUCAAAGAAAAAAGUAUAUGUUAGUAAUGGAAUAUGCCGACAAUGGUACCCUCCGAAAAUAUUUGAAAGAAAAUUUGGAAAAACUCACUUGGAAUGAUAAAUUCAAUCUUGCAUUCCAACUGCACUCCAAUAAUAUAUUAGUUCAUCAGAAUACUGUCAAGCUAGCAGAUUUUGGCUUAUCAAAAAGAAUUGAAGAAAUACCCAACUCUCAAUCAAAAACAUUUGGAUUAAUUCCAUAUGUUGAUCCAAAAAGUUUUAAUAGUAGUACAACAGAAUUAUAUGUAUUAAAUAAAAAAAGUGAUGUUUAUAGCAUUGGCGUAUUGUUAUGGGAAAUAUCCAGUUGCCAGCCUUCUUUUCACGGUAAACCAUAUGAUGUUGGUUUAGCUUUAAGUAUUUUACAAGGCCUUAGAGAAACACCCACUCAUGAUACACCUAAAGAAUAUAUUAAAAUUUAUAUUGAUUGUUGGAAUUUUGAACCUGAUAAUCGUCCAACUAUUGAUCAGGUAGUUGAAGAAUUAAAAGUACUCAUAACGAAAGAAAACGUAAUUAUAAAAGAUUUUCACUUAUAUAAUAAUACCAAUAAUACUCUGUCAUCAAAUAACCAUCAACUUUCUAAUUCAACUGUUAAAAUUUCUGAAAGUACUAAUUCAUUAAACGGAGAAUUACAAUUUAUUCCGAAUACAAAAGAUAUAGAAUCUUUAAUGUCAUCAAGUAACCAGUUUGAGAAUAACUUUGAUACAAUAGUUAUUAAUACUAUGUUCAAUCUUUUUAAUGAUAGUGAUGAAAUAGGGAAGAAAAAGGUCUUAAGUUAUCUCAAUGAACAAAGAAUUGGAAUCAGUGUUGAUAAUAAAAAAGCAUUCAAGUUAUAUCAAAAAGCAGCAGAUUUAGGAAAUUCACAUGGAACAAAUAAUUUAGGGAAUUGUUAUCAAUAUGGAAUUGGAACUGAUAUUGAUAAUAAAAAGCAUUUGAAUUGUAUCAAAAGUUUAGGAGAUUGUUAUCAAAAUGGAAUUGGUACUGAUAUUGAUUAUCAAAAAGCAUUUAAAUUAUAUCAAAAGGCAGCAGAUUUAGGAAAUGAAUUUGGGAUAAAUAGUAUAGGAUAUUGUUAUCAAAAUGGAUUUGGUACUGAUAUUGAUAAUAAAAAAGCAUUUGAAUUAUAUCAAAAGGCAUCGGAUUUAGGAAAUUCAUAUGGAAUAAAUAAUUUAGGACAAAGUUAUCAAAAUGGAAUUGGAAUUGAUAUUGAUAAUAAAAAAGCAUUUAAAUUAUAUCAAAAGGCAACAGAUUUAGGAAAUUCAUAUGGAAUAAAUAAUUUAGGAAAUUGUUAUCAAAAUGGAAUUGGAAUUGAUAUUGAUAAUAAAAAAGCAUUUAAAUUAUAUCAAAAGGCAGCAGAUUUAGGAAAUUCAUAUGGAAUAAAUAAUUUAGGAAAUUGUUAUCAAUAUGGAAUUGAAAUUAAUAUUGAUAAUAAAAAAGCAUUUGAAUUAUAUCAAAAGGCAUCAGAUUUAGGAAAUUCUUAUGGAAUAAAUAGUUUAGGAGAUUGUUAUGAAAAUGGAAUUGGAACUGAUAUUGAUAAGAAAAAAGCAUUUGAAUUAUAUCAAAAGGCAGCAGAUUUAGAAAAUACAUUUGGAAUAACCAACCUAGGAAAUUGUUAUCUUAAUGGAAUUGGGACUGGUAUUGAUUAUCAAAAGGCAUUUGAAUUAUAUGAAAAGGUAUCAAAUUUAGGGAUGAGUGUAGCUCAAUAUAAUCUUGCUAUGAUGUAUGAGAAUGGAAAAGGAACUGUGAAAAAUAUAAAUAAAGCAAUUUAUUGGUACAAAAAAUCUGCUGAACAAGGAAAUCAAGUUGCUCUAAAUAAAUUAGAGGAGCUUAAAUAG